GAGUCCACGAACCUUGUCACUUCUCCCACCUUGCUGUUUUCAAAGCUUGGAGUGUUCAUGAAGUAAACGGUUUCAUAGAAGAGUGUCGGUAGGUAGACCCUUGUGCUGUCGCAGUUCCUCAUCCUCGUGUGUCGCCGGUUUGUGAAUUGUUGUCGGGUCUUUUCGUUCUUCAAUCGUUUCGUCCGGGCCGCCUUGAAGCUCUGGACGCGCCGAGUCUUUCUGUUUGCGGUGAAAAGUCGAGGAAACGGCCUAGUCGGUCUGUCGGAGGCCUCGCAGCUAGACGGUCCGGCGCUCUGGCCGACGAACUCCCUAAGCAGAGAGCCCGCCGAGUUUCGCCUUUCCCGUUUGCAUUCCCCCUCCUUUUUCGCUCUGUUUCGCUUCGGGUUCCUCUCUGAGCUGGACGCUCAGCAAAAUGACGAUCUCGGAGUCGCUACGCGGCGCGGAUCGAAGAGCCCCGUCGACCGUCGGGUGUCUCUACACUGCAGCCUGCGCCAGCCAGACGGACGAUUGCGCUUUCUCGUCUGUUUCCGCUUCGCCGCACUUCGCCUCCCUUUCUCGACUUCUCCGUGGCUGUAGAUCGAGAAAGAUGGUUCUCUUUGGACUCUUCGCCUGCCUCGCGUGUGUGAUCCUCUCUCUCCCCUCGUCGCCCGCUUCCCCCUCUGUCCAGGUCGUCUCUGCCGCGAGUUUGUUCCCAGGGGAUUCAGGCCUUCACUCGACUUGUGCCUUUUUGUCUGAGGAAGGCCGCGCACCGCCUCGUCGUCUGCAGGCUGGCGUCUACUUCAGCGAAGAAGACCGAGCCCGCAAGGGCCAGAUUUACUUGUGGGUGCCGCUGACGCUCGUCGGAAUCCUCAUUUUGGUCGUUCUGUACAUGCUCAAAAUCGGCAAUGUUUUCGACCCACUCCUCCACACGAGGUUUACUCCUUCAGAUCGAAACCGAUGAGACGCCGGACCGAGGAGAGGACGGAGCAGUGUGAAGCGAAGAGGAAAAAAAAGACUCUUCCC